UGAAUCAAACAGCUGAUUCGUUCUACGGCGAACACGGCGAAGCACAUGUUAUGCGGUAGUGUCUCCUGCAAUAUUACGAGCUUUUUUUAUGAAAAAUAAUGAAGUUUUAAAAUAAAAAUCAAACAUACGCGGUUGAAGAAGAAACGUAUCGUGUACCGAUGUUUGUGCGAUGAAAACGAGAGGAUUGUAAAUUGUUUUCGAAGAAAAUUCUUGUACGAGAAAAAUGGCUGACCGUGAUAGCGCAUCCGAGAGCGAUUCAAGCUCGAUCGACGGAGGACCGAUAAUGAUGCCGCCGUCCCCUGUAACCAGGGAACAGCUUCAGAAAAGGAUCGAGUCUUUGCAACAACACAACCGUGUCCUCAAAGUCGAGCUAGAAACUUAUAAAUUACGAGUGAAAGCGUUGCAGGAGGAAAAUCGUGGCCUUCGGCAAGCUUCUGUCAUCAUACAAGCUAAAGCUGAGCAAGAAGAAGAAUUUAUAAGUAACACAUUGUUAAAAAAGAUCCAAGCACUUAAGAAAGAGAAGGAAACGUUGGCCCAUCAUUACGAGCAAGAAGAGGAGUGUUUGACGAACGACUUAUCCAGGAAACUGAAUCAGUUGCGUCAAGAGAAAUGCCGGUUAGAGCAAACCUUGGAGCAGGAGCAGGAAUGUCUGGUGAACAAGCUGAUGAGGAAGAUCGAGAAACUCGAGGCUGAGACGCUGGCGAAGCAGAGCAACUUGGAACAGUUGCGCAGAGAGAAGGUGGAGCUUGAAAAUACGCUUGAACAAGAGCAGGAAGCGUUAGUGAACAAAUUGUGGAAGAGGAUGGAUAAACUGGAGGCGGAAAAACGAAUGUUACAAAUAAAAUUGGAUCAGCCCGUGUCGGAUCCUGCUUCGCCGAGAGAAAUUAAUAACGGCGACACCGCUACUAGUCUCAGUGCACAUAUUCAAACUCUACGCAGCGAAGUAGCCAGAUUAAGACACACGUUAUUCAUUUCCCAACAAGAACAUACGGAGAAAAUGCAGCGAUACGUGAACGAAGAGAAGCAAAUUCGCGAAGAAAAUUUACGACUUCAACGAAAAUUGCAGUUGGAAGUGGAGCGUCGCGAAGCUUUAUGUCGACACCUUUCGGAAUCAGAAUCUAGUUUGGAAAUGGAAGAAGAACGGCACUAUAAUGAAAUCGUGAUGUCCGGUGGGAAUAUAAGAAAUCGUACUGUUUCCAGCCCAGUGCCGUACAAUCCUUCGCCUAGUUCCUCUAGACCUUUAAGCCCAGGUUCAUCGACCAGAGAAGGAUUCAAUACAAAUCGAUGUUACGCUUGCGGACAACCUACUACAAUUCCAUUUGCAAGCUCGUCGCCUCCUUCUAGUGGCCAUGUGGUGGCAUCGUCCAAUAGACGCACAUCGGAUAGAUUCGUUAAACCUGCAAUUCCGCCGACUAUAGUAAGUCCAACUGGUCCACCCAUCACCGCGAGCACAACUGCGACCGUAACCGGUGGAUCACCGAUGGACAUUACUAAAACCUAAGUCAGUCCGAUUGAUCCAGUAAAAACUAUUUCAUCGUGUAUUCGUAUAAAGUACUUCUUUGGUGAUGCAUUUUUACUAUGUGAUUGUAUAACGUGCUCGAGGGUCGGAUUCAAACGAAAUUGCACAUUUCAAUCGUUUCGCGCUUAUAGCCAAGUAUCUAUGAACUAUGAGAACGAAGAAUUCUUCUGUGAAUUGCUCUGCACGUGAUAUUUAGCCGUUCAAAUCUUUUUUUUUAUACAAUUUUGAGCUGCUUCGGAAUAGCCUAACGAAAUGAACGAUCGAAGCAAGAGUCGCUCUUCUAAUUUCAUUUAUUCAUUAUCAUCAUUAUUAUUAUUAUUAUUGUUAUUAUUAUUAUUACUACCGUAAAUAACGUAAUGCAUUUUUGUUCUUUUUUUAAUUCUUAGUGAUAGUAAUACGAAGAGAAAGAUUACGUUCUAAUUUAAGUAUUUAGGUGAUAGGAUUAGAUAUUUUUAUAAUAGUUACUAUGUAACUUAUUUAAUUUAAAAAUUCUCCUUAUAACGUAACACGAGUAUACGGCAUGUGAUGAAUAAUAUAACAUACUCUUGCAAGUUUAUAAUCAUAGUUUCGUGUUGUUAGUAUUUAUAAUGAAUUUAGAAGAGCGAGAACCCGUGUGUACCUAAAAUUAACAUGCCUUAAGAGAGUGCGAUGUUGAAAAGCGGCUAAACGAAACUACAUCGACGUCUUAAAAGUAUAAGUUGACAUUUUUUAAAAGCAUCCUUCGCCUCUAUGACGUCCAAAAUUUUAUUAAUUCUACGCUUUUUAUACAAUCACAUAAAGUUGUGUAUUUCAUGUGCGAAUAUCUAUAUGUUUGAAAUUGAUAAAUUAAUAUCGUGAAGGUACACGAUUACAUGACAUUGUUGCAUCAAAAUGCUAGACACACACUAAAUACUUGAAAUGAAAAACUAUAUUAACUAAUACUUAGAACAGUAACAUUCUCUUUCCUCAAUGUUUGAAGAAUGAAAGAUAUUUUGUUCCAUUAAUGAUGUUUACAGCUGCUUGACUUUACAAAUAAUAUUCAUUUAUUAAUUCGGCUAUGCGUUAUACUACAUUCGGUUCGAAAGAUUGAUUCCGUCAAUUUUUUAUCAAUAUUUCAUUUUCGACAAUUAAACCAGUUUACGUUUCAUCUUACUAGGUUUAUACUUGCUGCUUUGUAACAUAUGUCAUGUAUAAUAUAUUUUCAACUGAUAUUUAUACGAAUGUGAUAAACAAAAGUAAAACAUAACGAUUUUGUGCUAUAUUUUACAAUAAUUUGAAUACUUAUUAUUUACUAUUGGUGCUGAAAACUAUUAAAGAAAAUCGUGAGAUUUGCCAAUUUGUUGUUGAAUGUGUUAUGGGCAACAAUUUAUAUUCCUUGCCCAGUAAUGAAUAUGAGAACUCUAUAAACCAGCUUUUAUUACGAAAACGAAAAAGGAACAAAAGGAAAAUUAACCGUUUAGUAUAAUGGAACUUCCUAUACGAUGCAAUUUGUAUGUGACACAAUCUUGGUAUUAUAUGUUUCGCGAUAUUAAAUGCUGGAAAAAACUACAAAACUGGUAAUAUGAAUAGGAAAGUUAAAUCAAAAGUUAUGACUAUCGAAAAUUAAAUGGUAACAUUUAUCCAUGAUUAAUAAUAAUAGGACAACAAUAAAGAAUUACUGACUUUUUUUAAGCUUUACAAAAUAAAUGUUUCACGGAUAUUCCAUGCAUAAAAUAAAACGUUGCUACAUUAUAUCGAA